AUGGAGGACGAGGCAUUCAUGCUGAAUCACCCAGACUUCCUGGAGGAGUGGGUACUCAUGAGAAAUCCCUCAGGAUCUCAAGAAUUAGCUGCUGGGGGACCCGAAAGGAGCCAGCUUGGAGUGGAAGAUCCUCAGGGAGGCUGCCUGUGGAGGAAGGCCCGCCUUGUAGGCAGGGCAGAGCAGCAGCCUGGGUCGUGCGUGAGCAGCGUGAGCAGCGUGAGCAGCCUGCGGCUGCCGGGGAGCCUGGUGACCCAUGGGCUGAGGGCCUAUGAUGGCUUGUCUGUACCUGAGGACGCAGAGAGUGUCACGGCAGGCCGGGGUGGCUGGAGCUAUUCGGACCUUUCUGACGACGAGGACUUGCUGGCUGACAGUGCUUCCGGAGAUGACCUAGGCAGUGGGGACAUCGGCAGUGGGGACUUCCAGAUGGUUUAUUUCCGGGCUCUGGUCAAUUUCACUCACUCCUUCGACUACAGCCCCCAGCUGGAGGAUGCGGGCUCCGAGGAGUUCCGAGAGGUGUCUGAGGCUGUAGUAGACACGCUGGAGUCAGAGUACUUGAAGAUCCCUGGAGACCAGGUUGUCAGUGUGGUGUUCAUCAAGGACCUGGAUGGCUGGGUCUUUGUGGAGCUGGAUGUGGGCUCGGAAGGGAAUGCAGAUGGGGCCCAGAUUCAAGACGUGCUGCACUCGGUCAUCUCCAGCGGCUCCAUUGCCUCCUACAUCACCUCUCCCCAGGGCUUCCAGUUCCGACGCCUGGGCACAGUGCCCCAGUCUACCAGGGCCUGCACUGAGACUGAGUUUGCCUGCCAUAGCCACAAUGAGUGUGUGGCCCUGGAGUAUCGCUGUGACCGGCGGCCUGACUGCAGGGAUAUGUCUGAUGAGCUCAACUGUGAGGAGCUGGUUCCGAGCUCUGUGCUACCCGCUCUGGUGGAGACACCACCUCUGCCACCCAAGCCUGAGGCAGCCAUUGUACAGCAGCUACCAGACAGCCCCGCUCUCUGGCCUCUGCUCCCUGAUCAAGGCAAACCUGUGCCCUGUGGGCCUCAUGAGGCCACAUGCCACAGUGGGCACUGCAUCCCCAAAGACUACCUCUGUGAUGGGCAGGAGGACUGCAAGGAUGGCAGCGAUGAGCUGGACUGUGGCCCCACGCCACCCUGUGAGCCCAACGAGUUCCCCUGUGGAAACGGGCACUGUGCCUUCAAGCUGUGGCGCUGUGAUGGUGACUUUGACUGCGAGGACCGCACCGAUGAAGCCAACUGUCCUGCCAAGCACCCCGAGGACGUGUGUGGGCCCACGGAGUUCCGCUGUAUCUCCACGAAUACGUGUAUCCCAGCCAGCUUCCACUGCGAUGAGGAGAGCGACUGUCCCGACCGCAGCGACGAGUUUGGCUGCAUGCCCCCCCAGGUGGUGACCCUUCCCCAGGAGUUGAUCCAGGCUUCCCGGGGCCAGACAGUGACCUUCACCUGCGUGGCCAUUGGCAUGCCCACCCCCAUCAUCAACUGGAGGCUCAACUGGGGCCACAUCCCCUCGCACCCCAGGGUGACAGUGACCAGUGAGGGUGGCCGCGGCACGCUGACCAUUCGUGACGUGAAGGAGGGAGACCAGGGUGCCUACACCUGCGAGGCCAUGAAUUCCCGUGGCAUGGUGCUCGGCGUUCCCGACGGGGUCCUGGAGCUCAUCCCGCAACGAGGCCCCUGCCCUGAUGGGCACUUCUACCUGGAGGACAGUGCUUCCUGCUUGCCCUGCUUCUGCUUUGGCGUCACCAAUAUGUGCCAGAGCAGCCGCCGCUUCCGGGACCACAUCCGAUUGCGCUUUGACCAGCCUGAUGACUUCAAAGGCGUGAACGUGACGAUGCCCGCGCAGCCCGGCAUGCCGCCCCUUUCCUCCACCCAGCUGCAGAUUGACGUCGCGCUGCAGGAGUUCCAGCUGGUCGACCUGUCUCGCCGCUUCCUUGUCCAUGACUCCUUCUGGGCUCUGCCCAAGCAGUUCCUGGGCAACAAGGUGGACUCCUACGGUGGCUCCCUGCGCUACAAGGUGCGCUAUGAGCUGGCACGUGGCACACUGGAGCCGGUGCAGAGGCCAGACGUGGUCCUCGUGGGUGCUGGAUAUCGCCUGCUCUCCCGGGGCCACACGCCCACCCAGCCUGGUGCUCUGAACCAGCGCCAGGUCCAGUUCUCUGAGGAGCACUGGGUCCACGAGUCUGGCCGGCCAGUGCAGCGAGCAGAGAUGCUGCAGGUGCUGCAGAACCUGGAGGCCGUGCUCAUCCAGACAGUGUACAAUGCCAAGAUGGCCAGUGUGGGGCUGAGUGACAUAAUCAUGGAUACCACUGUCAUGCACACCACCAGCCAUGGCCGCGCCCACAGCGUGGAGGAGUGCAGAUGCCCUGUUGGCUAUUCCGGCUUAUCCUGUGAAAGCUGUGAUGCCCACUUCACCCGGGUGCCUGGUGGGCCCUACCUGGGCACCUGCUCUGGCUGCAGCUGCAAUGGCCACGCCAGCUCCUGUGACCCUGUGUAUGGUCACUGCCUGAAUUGCCAGCACAACACAGAGGGGCCACAGUGCAACAAGUGCAAGGCCGGCUUCUUUGGGGAUGCCACAAAGGCCACGGCCACUGCCUGCCGCCCCUGCCCCUGCCCGUACAUCGACGCCUCCCGCAGGUUCUCAGACACCUGCUUCCUGGACACAGAUGGCCAAGCCACAUGCGAUGCGUGUGCCCCAGGCUACACAGGCCGCCGCUGUGAGAGCUGUGCCCCCGGAUACGAGGGCAACCCCAUCCAGCCAGGCGGGAAGUGCAGGCCUGUCACCCAGCAGAUUGUACGCUGUGAUGAGCGAGGCAGCAUGGGGACCUCUGGGGAGGCCUGCCGCUGUAAGAACAACGUGGUGGGCCGCCUAUGCAAUGAGUGUGUUGAUGGCUCCUUCAACCUGAAUGCCCGCAACCCCGAUGGCUGCCUCAAGUGCUUCUGCAUGGGCGUCAGCCGCCAGUGCACCAGCUCCUCCUGGAGCCGCGCCCAGGUGCAUGGAGCCUCUGAGGAGCCCACCCAGUUCAGCCUGACCAACGCCGCAGGCACCCACACCACCAGUGAUGGCAUCUCGUCACCCACACCUGGGGAACUAGUCUUCGCCUCCUUCCACAGCCUCCUGUCUGAACCCUACUUCUGGAACCUCCCCUCACGCUUCCGGGGGGACAAGGUGACCUCCUACGGGGGAGAGCUUCGCUUCACAGUGACACAGCGGCCCCAGCCUGGUUCCAUGCCACUGCAUAGGCAGCCGCUGGUGGUGCUGCAGGGCAACAACAUUGUCUUGGAGCAUCACGUGUCCCAGCAGCCUAGCCCUGGCCAACCCAGCACCUUCACCGUGCCCUUCCGGGAGCAAGCAUGGCAGCGGCCUGACGGGCAGCCAGCCACUAGGGAGCACUUGCUGAUGGCGCUGGCAGGCAUCGACACCCUCUUGAUCCAGGCAUCCUACACCCAGCGGCCAGCUGAGAGCAGGAUCUCUGGCAUCAGCAUGGACAUAGCUGUGCCUGAGGACACCGGCCAGGACACUGCACUGGAAGUGGAGCAGUGUACCUGCCCACCUGGGUACCGUGGCCCAUCCUGCCAGGACUGUGACACAGGCUACACACGCACACCCAGCGGCCUCUACCUGGGCACCUGUGAACGCUGCAGCUGCCAUGGCCACACGGAGAUCUGCGAACCUGAAACAGGUGCCUGCCAGGGCUGCCAGCACCACACAGAGGGCCCUCAGUGCGAGCAGUGCCAGCCGGGAUACUAUGGGGAUGCCCAGCGGGGGACACCGCAGGACUGCCAGCCGUGCCCAUGCCAUGGAGCCCCUGCUGCUGGCCAGGCUACGCACACUUGCUUUCUGGACACAGACGGCCACCCCACCUGUGAUGCGUGCUCCCCAGGGCACAGUGGGCGCCACUGUGAGAGGUGUGCCCCAGGUUACUCUGGCAACCCCAGCCAGGGCCAGCCAUGCCAAAGAGAUGGCCAGCUGCCACAGCCAAUUGGCUGUGACUGUGACCCCCAGGGCAGCGUCAGCAGCCAGUGUGAUGCUGCCGGCCAAUGCCAGUGCAAGGCCCAUGUGGAAGGCCUCACCUGCAGCCAUUGCCGGCCCCACUACUUCCACCUGAGUGCCAGCAACCCCAGUGGCUGCCUACCCUGCUUCUGCAUGGGUGUCACUGAGCAGUGCGCCAGCUCCUCCUACACCCGCCACCUGAUCUCCACCGACUUUGCCCCUGGGGACUUCCAAGGCUUUGCCUUGGUGAACCCACAGCGCAACAGCCGCCUGACCGGCAGCUUCACUGUGGAGCCCGUGCCUGACGGAGCCCAGCUCUCUUUUGACAACUUUGCCCAGCUUGGCCACGAGUCCUUCUAUUGGCAGCUGCCGGAGACGUUCCAGGGAGACAAGGUGGCAGCGUAUGGUGGGAAGCUUCGCUACACCCUGUCCUACACGGCUGGGCCUCAGGGUAGCCCGCUGUCUGACCCUGACGUCCAGAUCACGGGCAACAACAUCAUGCUGGUGGCCUCCCAGCCAACACUACAGGGCUCCGAGAAGAAGAGCUACGAGAUCGUGUUCCGGGAGGAAUUCUGGCACCGGCCUGAUGGGCAACCAGCCACGCGUGAGCAUCUCCUGAUGGCGCUGGCUGACCUGGAUGAGCUCCUGGUCCGGGCCACGUUCUCCUCAAUGCCGCUGGCUGCCAGCAUCAGCGCAGUCAGCCUGGAGGUCGCCCAGCCCGGGCCCUCGAAUGGACCCCGAGCCCUGGAGGUGGAGGAGUGCCGCUGCCCCCCGGGCUACAUCGGCUCCUCCUGCCAGGACUGCGCCCCAGGUUACACCCGCACUGGGAGUGGCCUCUACCUCGGCCACUGUGAGCUGUGUGAAUGCAAUGGCCACUCGGACCUGUGCCACCCGGAGACCGGGGCCUGCUCGCAAUGCCAGCACAACGCCGCUGGAGAGUUCUGCGAGCAGUGUGCGCCUGGCUACUAUGGAGAUGCCACGGCUGGGACGCCUGAGGACUGCCAGCCCUGUGCCUGCCCACUGGCCAACCCUGAAAACAUGUUCUCCCGCACCUGUGAGAGCCUGGGAGCUGGUGGGUACCGCUGCACGGCCUGCGAACCUGGCUACACUGGCCAGUACUGUGAGCAGUGUGCCCCAGGUUAUGUGGGUAACCCCAAUGUACAGGGGGGCCGGUGCGUGCCACAGGCAGACCAAACCCCACUGGUGGUCCAGGUCCACCCUGCUCGGAGCAUAGUGCCCCAAGGUGGCCCCCAUUCCCUGCGGUGCCAGGUCAGCGGGAACCCACCCCACUACUUCUACUGGUCUCGUGAGGAUGGGCGGCCUGUGCCUAGCAGCACCCAGCAGCGACAUCAAGGCUCUGAGCUCCACUUCCCCAGCAUCCAGCCCUCGGAUGCUGGGGUCUACAUUUGCACCUGCCGGAAUCACCAUCAUGCCAAUACCAGCCGGGCAGAACUGCUGGUCACUGAGGCGCCAAGCAAGCCCAUCACAGUGACCGUGGAGGAGCAGCGGAGCCAGAGCGUGCGCCCCGGGUCUGACGUCACCUUCAUCUGCACGGCCAAGAGCAAGUCUCCAGCUUACACCCUGGUGUGGACCCGCCUGCACAAUGGGAAACUGCCAUCCCGAGCCAUGGAUUUCAACGGCAUCCUGACCAUCCGCAAUGUGCAGCCGAGUGAUGCGGGCACCUAUGUGUGCACCGGCUCCAACAUGUUCGCCAUGGACCAGGGCACAGCCACGCUGCAUGUGCAAGCCUCAGGUGCCCCAGCCGCCCCUGUGGUCUCCAUCCACCCACCGCAGCUCACAGUGCAGCCUGGGCAGCUGGCGGAGUUCCGCUGCAGCGCCACAGGGAACCCCACACCCACCCUGGAAUGGACAGGCGGCCCUGGUGGCCAGCUCCCUCAGAAGGCCCAAAUCCAUGGUGGCAUCCUGCGCCUGCCAGCUGCGGAGCCCUCAGAUCAGGCCCAGUACCUGUGCCGUGCCCAUAGCAGCGCCGGGCAGCAAGUAGCCAGGGCCAUGCUGCAUGUGCACGGCGGCAGUGGGCCGAGGGUCCAGGUGAGCCCAGAAAGGACCCAUGUACACGAAGGCCGCACCGUCAGGCUGUACUGCAGGGCUGCGGGUGUGCCCAGUGCCACCAUCACCUGGAGGAAGGAAGGGGGCAGUCUCCCCCCACAGGCCCGGUCAGAGCGCACAGACAUCGCCACGCUGCUCAUCCCAGCCAUCACAACCGCCGACGCUGGCUUCUACGUCUGUGUGGCCACCAGCCCUGCAGGCACCGCCCAGGCCCGUAUUCAGGUGGUCGUCCUUCCAGGUGGCAGCUCACCACCAGUCAAGAUUGAGUCCUCAUCCCCUUCUGUGACUGAAGGGCAGACGCUUGACCUCAACUGUGUGGUGGCAGGGCAGGCCCAUGCCCAGGUCACAUGGUACAAGCGAGGGGGCAGCCUCCCUCCCCACGCCCAGGUCCACGGCUCCCGGCUACGGCUCCCCCAGGUUUCACCAGCUGAUUCUGGCGAAUACGUAUGCCGAAUGGAAAACGAGUCGGGCCCCAAGGAGGCUUCCAUCAUUGUCUCUGUCCUCCACAGCGCCCAUCCAGGCCCCAGUUACACCCAAGCUCCAGGCAGUACCCAGCCCAUCCGAAUAGAAUCCUCCUCCUCGCACGUGGCUGAAGGGCAGACGCUGGAUCUGAACUGCGUGGUACCUGGGCAGGCCCACGCCCAGGUCACGUGGCACAAGCGUGGGGGCAGCCUCCCUGCCCGGCACCAGGCCCACGGCUCACUGCUGCGGCUGCACCAGGUGUCCCCCGCCGACUCAGGCGAGUACGUGUGCCGUGUGGUCCUUGGCUCUGGGCCCCUGGAGACCUCUGUCCUGGUCACCAUCAAGCCUUCCACCCCAGGACCUGUCCCGCCUGUCAGGAUCGAGUCCUCAUCUCCCACAGUGGCCGAAGGGCAGACCCUGGAUCUGAGCUGUGUGGUGGCAGGGCAGGCUCAUGCCCCAGUCACAUGGUUCAAGCGUGGGGGCAGCCUCCCCGCCCGACACCAGGUCCGCGGCUCCCGCCUGUACAUCUUCCAGGCCUCCCCAGCUGAUACGGGAGAGUACGUUUGCCGGGCCAGCAAUGGUGUGGAGGCCUCUAUCACAGUUACCGUAACAGGGACCCAAGGGGCCAACUUCGCCUACCCCUCUGGAGGCGUCCAGCCCAUCCGCAUCGAGUCCUCCUCUUCACACGUGGCCGAGGGGCAGACCCUGGAUCUGAACUGUGUGGUGCCUGGGCAGGCCCACGCCCAGGUCACAUGGUACAAGCGUGGGGGCAGCCUGCCUAUUCGGCACCAGACACACGGCUCGCUGCUGAGAUUGUACCAGGUGUCUCCUGCGGACUCCGGCGAAUACGUGUGCCGCGUGGUGGGUGGCUCCGGGCCCCAGGAAGCCUCCGUCCUGGUCAGCAUUGAGCCUGCAGGCUCUGUGCCGGCGCUCAGAGUCACCCCCCCAGUCCGGAUCGAGUCAUCUUCCUCACACGUGGCUGAAGGGCAGACCCUGGACCUGAACUGUCUCGUUUCUGGGCAGGCCCACGCCCAGGUCACAUGGCACAAGCGUGGGGGCAGCCUUCCUGCCCGGCACCAGGUAUUUGGCUCAAGGCUGCGGCUGUCCCACGUGACCCCCGCCGACUCCGGUGAGUAUGUAUGCCGUGUGGCCAGCAGCUCGGGCACCCAGGAAGCUUCAGUCCUAGUCACCAUCCAGCAGCGCCUUGGCACCUCCCACUCCCAGGGUGUGGUGUACCCUGUCCGCAUCGAGUCCUCUUCAGCCUCCCUGGCCAAUGGCCAUACCCUGGACCUCAACUGCCUGGUGGCCAGCCAGGCCCCCCACACAAUCACCUGGUAUAAGCGUGGGGGCAGCCUACCCAGCCGGCACCAGAUUGUGGGCUCCCGGCUACGGAUCCCCCAGGUGACACCGGCAGACUCGGGUGAGUACGUGUGCCACGUCAGUAAUGGUGCUGGCUCCCAGGAGACCUCACUCAUCGUCACCAUCCAGGGCAGCGGUUCAUCCCACGUGCCCAGUGUCUCCCCACCAAUCAAGAUCGAGUCCUCAUCCCCCACCGUGGUAGAAGGGCAGACCUUAGAUCUGAAUUGCAUCGUUGCUGGGCAGCCCCAGGCCACCAUCACGUGGUACAAGCGUGGGGGCAGCCUCCCCGCCCGACACCAGACCCACGGCUCCCGCCUGCGGCUGCACCACAUGUCUGUGGCUGACUCAGGCGAGUAUGUGUGCCGGGCCAACAACAACAUCGAUGCCCAGGAGGCCUCCAUCAUGGUCUCGGUCACCCCCAGCACCAGCGUCCCCGCCGCCCCUGGUGGUACCCAGCCCAUCAGAAUUGAGUCAUCAUCUUCACAUGUGGCUGAGGGACAGACGCUGGAUCUGAACUGUGUGGUCCCUGGACAGGCCCACGCCCAGGUUACCUGGCACAAGCGUGGAGGCAGCCUCCCCACUCACCAUCAGACCCACGGCUCACGGCUGCGGCUGCACCAGGUGUCCCCGGCUGACUCUGGCGAGUAUGUGUGCCGUGUGGUGGGCAGCUCUGGCCCACUGGAGGCCUCGGUCCUGGUCACCAUUGAGGCCUCUGGCUCUAGCGCUGUCCACGUCCCUGCCUCUGGCGGAGCCCCACCCAUCCGCAUCGAGACCUCCUCAUCUCGAGUGGCCGAGGGGCAGACACUGGAUCUGAACUGCGUGGUGCCAGGGCAGGCCCACGCCCAGGUCACGUGGCGCAAGCGUGGGGGCAGCCUCCCCACCCGGCACCAGGUCCACGGCUCCCUGCUGAGGCUGAACCACGUGUCCCCAGCUGAUUCUGGCGAGUACUCAUGCCAAGUGACCACCAGCUCAGGCACCCUGGAGGCCUCCGUCCUGGUCACAAUUGAGGCCUCCAGCCCAGGCCCCAUUCCUGCCCCAGGACUGGCCCAGCCUAUCUACAUUGAAGCCUCCUCCUCGCACAUGACCGAGGGACAGACGCUGGAUCUGAACUGUGUGGUGCCCGGGCAGGCCCAUGCCCAGGUCACGUGGCACAAGCGUGGGGGCAGCCUGCCUGCACGGCAUCAGACCCACGGCUCCCGGCUGCGGCUCCACCACGUCUCCCCCGCUGAUUCUGGCGAGUAUGUCUGCCGCGUGAUUGGCGGCUCAGGGCCUGAGCAGGAGGCCUCCUUCACAGUCACAGUCCUACCCAGUGCGGGAUCCUCCUACCGCCUCAGAAGCCCAGUCAUCUCCAUUGACCCACCCAGCAGCACUGUGCAGCAGGGCCAGGAUGCCAGCUUCAAGUGCCUCAUCCAUGAUGGGGCAGCCCCCAUUAGCCUUGAGUGGAAGACCCGGAACCAGGAGCUGGAGGAUAACGUCCACAUCAGCCCCAACGGCUCCAUCAUCACCAUCGUGGGCACCCGGCCCAGCAACCACGGGGCCUACCGCUGCGUGGCCUCCAACGCUUAUGGCGUGGCCCAGAGUGUCGUGAACCUCAGUGUGCAUGGGCCCCCGUCAGUGUCCGUGCUCCCCGAGGGCCCUGUGCGGGUGAAAGUCGGAAAGUCUGUCGCCCUGGAGUGUGUCAGUGCAGGGGAGCCCCACUCCUCGGCUCGUUGGACCCGCAUCGGCAGCCCCCACAAGUUGGAGCAGCGGAUGCACGGGCACGUGGACAGCCACACAGUGCUGCAGAUUUCAUCAGCUAAACCAUCUGAUGCAGGCACCUACGUGUGCCUAGCUCAGAAUGCACUGGGCACGGCCCAGAAGCGGGUGGAGGUGAUUGUGGACAUGGACACCAUGGUCCCUGGGGCCCCCCAGGUCCAGGUGGAAGAAGUCGAGCUGACCGUGGAGGCAGGACACACGGCCACCCUGCGCUGCUCAGCCACAGGCAGCCCUACCCCCACCAUCCACUGGUCCAAGCUGCGCUCCCCGCUGCCGUGGCAGCACCGGCUGGAAGGCAACACACUGAUCAUCCCCCGGGUAGCCCAGCAGGACUCAGGCCAGUACAUCUGCAAUGCCACUAGCCCUGCUGGGCACGCGGAGGCCACCAUCACCCUGCACGUGGAUAGCCCACCGUAUGCCACCACGGUCCCAGAGCACGCUUCAGUGCAGGCGGGGGAGACCGUGCAGCUGCAGUGCCUGGCCCACGGGACACCCCCGCUCACCUUCCAGUGGAGCAGGGUGGGUGGCAGCCUCCCUGGGAGGGCGGUCGCCAGGAACGAGCUGCUGCGCUUUGAGCCCACGGCCCCCGAGGACUCAGGCCGCUACCGCUGUGAGGUCACCAACAGAGUAGGCUCUGCAGAGGCCUUUGCCCAGCUAACUGUCCAAGGCUCUGUACCCGCCGGUUUUCUCCCCGACACUUCCGUCCCAGCAGGGUUCUCGCCCACCGUGCACGUGACGCCUCAGCUGGAGACCAAGAGCAUUGGGUCCAGUGUGGAGUUCCAUUGUGCUGUGCCCAGUGACCGGGGCACCCAGCUCCGCUGGUUCAAGGAAGGGGGUCAGCUGCCUCCUGGCCACAGCGUGCAGGAUGGGGUACUGCGAAUCCAGAACUUGGACCAGAGCUGCCAAGGGACAUACGUGUGCCAGGCCCAUGGACCAUGGGGACAGGCCCAAGCCAGUGCCCAGCUGGUUGUCCAAGCCCUGCCCUCAGUGCUCAUCAAUAUCCGGACCUCCGUGCAGACCGUGGUGGUUGGCCACGCUGUGGAAUUCGAGUGCCUGGCGCUGGGUGAUCCUAAGCCCCAGGUAACCUGGAGCAAAGUCGGAGGGCGCCUACGGCCUGGCGUUGUGCAGAGUGGAGGUGUCAUCAGGAUCCCCCAGGUGGAGCUGGCCGACGCGGGACAGUACCGCUGCACCGCUACCAAUGCCGCUGGCACCACCCAGUCCCACGUGCUGCUGCUCGUGCAAGCCUUGCCGCAGAUCUCAACACCCCCAGAGGUCCGUGUGCCUGCUGGCUCUGCAGCUGUCUUCCCCUGCAUGGCCUCUGGCUACCCCCCACCUGACAUCACCUGGUCCAAGCUGGAUGGCAACCUGCCACCCAACAGCCGUCUGGAGAACAACAUGUUGAUGCUGCCCUUGGUCCGACCCCAGGAUGCAGGCACCUAUGUCUGCACUGCCACCAACCGCCAGGGCAAGGUCAAAGCCUUUGCCCAUCUGCAGGUGCCAGAGCGGGUGGUGCCCUACUUCACGCAGACCCCCCACUCCUUCCUGCCACUGCCCACCAUCAAGGACGCCUACCGGAAGUUUGAGAUCAAGAUCACCUUCCGGCCCGACUCAGCUGAUGGGAUGCUGCUGUACAAUGGGCAGAAGCGGACCCCAGGGAGCCCCACCAGCCUGGCCCACAGGCAGCCUGACUUCAUCUCCUUCGGCCUCGUGGGCGGAAGGCCCGAGUUCCGGUUUGACGCAGGCUCUGGCAUGGCCACCAUCCGCCACCCCACGCCACUGGCCCUGGGCCAGUUCCACACCGUGACCCUGCUGCGCAGCCUCACCCAGGGCUCCCUGGUUGUGGGCAACCUGGCCCCAGUCAAUGGGACCUCCCAGGGCAAGUUCCAGGGCCUGGACCUGAAUGAGGAACUCUACCUGGGCGGAUACCCGGAUUACGGUGCCAUCCCCAAGGCGGGGCUGAGCAGCGGCUUUGUAGGCUGUGUCCGGGAGCUGCGCAUCCAGGGUGAGGAGAUUGUCUUCCACGACCUCAACCUCACGGCACAUGGCAUCUCCCACUGCCCCACCUGCCGGGACCGGCCCUGCCAGAAUGGGGGCCAGUGCCAUGACUCAGAGAGCAGCAGCUAUGUGUGCCUCUGCCCGGCCGGCUUCACCGGGAGCCGCUGUGAGCACUCGCAGGCCCUGCACUGCCACCCAGAGGCCUGUGGGCCAGACGCCACCUGUGUGAACCGGCCUGACGGUCGAGGCUACAGCUGCCGCUGCCACCUGGGCCGCUCAGGGGUGAAGUGUGAAGAGGGUGUGACAGUGACCACCCCCUCCAUGUCGGGUACCGGCUCCUACCUGGCACUGCCCGCCCUCACCAACACACACCACGAGCUACGUCUGGACAUUGAGUUCAAGCCGCUGAUGCCGGACGGAAUCUUGCUGUUCAGCGGGGGGAAGAGUGGGCCUGUGGAGGACUUCGUGUCCCUGGCGAUGGUUGGCGGGCACCUGGAGUUCCGCUACGAGUUGGGCUCAGGGCUGGCUGUUCUGCGGAGCCCCGAGCCACUGGCCGUGGGCCGCUGGCACCGCGUGUCUGCAGAGCGCCUCAACAAGGACGGCAGCCUGCGGGUGAAUGGUGGACGCCCCGUGCUGCGCUCCUCGCCGGGCAAGAGCCAGGGCCUCAACCUUAAUACCCUCCUCUACCUGGGUGGUGUGGAGCCAUCCGUGCAACUGCCUCGGGCCACCAAUAUUAGCACUCACUUCCACGGCUGCGUCGGGGAGGUGUCGGUGAAUGGAAAGCGGCUGGACCUCACCUACAGCUUCCUGGGCAGCCGGGGCAUCGGACAGUGCUACGACAGCUCCCCAUGUGAGCGCCAGCCAUGCCAAAAUGGCGCCACCUGCCUGCCUGCUGGCGAGUAUGAAUUCCAGUGCCUGUGUCAAGAUGGCUUCAAAGGAGACCUCUGUGAGCACGGGGAGAACCCCUGCCAGCUCCACGAGCCCUGUCUGCAUGGGGGCACCUGCAAGGGUACCCGUUGCCUCUGUGCCCCCGGCUUUUUUGGCCUGCGCUGCCAAGAAGGCUCUGGACAUGGUACAGCCGAGCCUGACUGGCAUCUUGAAGGAAGUGGGGGCAAUGACGCCCCUGGGCAGUACGGAGCCUAUUUCCACGAUGGCGGCUUCCUCGCCCUCCCUGGCCGCAGCUUCUCCAGAGGCCUGCCUGAAGCACCUGAGACCAUCGAGCUGGAGGUGCGGACCAGCACGGCUAACGGCCUCCUGCUUUGGCAGGGCGUGGUGCUGGGAGAGACCAGCCAAGGCAAGGACUUCAUCAGUCUCGGGCUUCAAGACGGGCAGCUCGUCUUCAGCUACCAGCUGGGCAGUGGGGAAGCACGCCUUGUCUCUGAGGACCCCAUCAAUGACGGCGAGUGGCACCGAGUGACAGCGCUGCGAGAGGGCCAGAGAGGCUCCAUCCAGGUCGAUGGUGAGGAGCUGGUCAGCGGCCAGUCCCCAGGCCCUAACGUGGCGGUCAACACCAAGGGCAGCAUCUACAUCGGCGGGGCCCCCAACGUGGCCACACUCACCGGGGGCAGGUUCUCGGCGGGCAUCACAGGCUGUAUCAAGAAUCUGGUGCUGCACUCUGCCUGGCCUGGCGCCCCACCCCCACAGCCCCUGGACCUGCAGCACCGCGUCCAGGCAGGGGCCAACACGCGCCCCUGCCCCUUGUAG